AUGAAUAAACUUUCUGGUUAUAUUUCUUUAAUGGAUGUUGAGAAAAGAGCUUUAGAGAUAAUGCCGUUAUCAGUGAAAGGAUAUUAUGUUAGUGGAGCUGAUGAUGAAGAAACGGUACGAGAGAAUCGAGAAGCUUUUCGGAAUUUUCUUCUUCGUCCAUUGGUCCUUCGGGAUGUCAGCAUUUUAGAUACAUCCGUUCACUUUUGUUUAAAUACCCCCUCAAAAUCAGCAAUACAAAAAAUACGAGAAUUCAAAUUCCCCUAUCCUAUCGGAAUUGCACCUACAGCUUUUCAACGAAUGGCACACGAUCAAGGAGAAAUUGCAACUGUUAAAGCUGCCAGUGAAAUGGAUGUACCUAUGAUUUGUAGUACACUAUCAACUACUCCUUUAGAGGAAGUGGCAAAAAAUGCUAGUGAUAAUGCAACUAUUUGGUUUCAAUUAUAUAUCUACAAAAAUCGAGCAUUAACUGAAAAACUCGUUCGGAGGGCAGAAAAGGCAGGGUUUUCUGCAUUGGUUUUAACAGUUGAUGCGCCCCAUUUUGGCAGAAGAAGAGCUGAUGAAAGGAAUGGAUUUAAAUUGCCUGAACAUUUAAGAGUUGCAAAUUUCGAGCAGGAAUCUAAAUUUGCAGAUAAUGAUGGGGCUUCAGGAUUGACUAAAUAUAUUAUUUCAAACUUUGAUCCAACUUUAAAUUGGGAAGUUCUUCGAUGGUUGGUGGAUUUUAGUAUUUUGCCAGUAAUAGUUAAGGGAAUUAUGAGAGGAGAUGAUGCACUUUUGGCUAUUGAAGCGGGGGCUGCAGCAAUUGUUGUUUCGAAUCACGGGGGCCGUCAAUUAGACUGUUGCAUGUCUACGGUGGUAUUUGUUGAUGGAGGUUUUCGAACCGGAACUGAUAUUUUCAAAGCAUUAGCAAUUGGUGCCCAGUUAGUAUUUAUUGGACGUCCAAUUAUUUACGGAUUAGCUAUUGGGGGUAGAGAAGGUGUAAAACACGUACUUAAAUUGCUUAAAACUGAAUUUGAUUAUGCAAUGAGGUUGUCUGGCUGUGCUACAAUUUCGCAACUUCGUUCUCAUAAAGAUAUUGUUAUUUAUCGAAAUAGAUUUUUUUCAAAGCUUUGA